AUGAAGUUCCUUGCUUGCUUCUUACUUUUGGCUGUCUUCCUUUUCCUAGGACAAACCCAAGCGCAAUGCCCGAAUGCGCCACAAUAUUACAGCUGCUCGGGUGGCUAUCACAGCGGUAGAAGGGGCAGCGGUUGUUACGGUGGCACCAGAUGGUAUUACAAUCCGAACACUAGAAGUUGUGGCAGCUUCUAUUACAAUGGCUGCGGUGGUAAUUCGAACCGUUAUUGCUCGUACAGCGCCUGCCAACAGCGGUGUUAUUCUCGUGGUUAA